CAAACGGACGACAUUAGCUAUCUCUACGGAAACGAAAUAGACCGGUGUAGCGUCAAUAUUGUCAGAUCGUGAGAUCUGACGUUUUCACAGUACCUCCGUGAUAUUGCUCCGAUCAGUCGCCGUGAAAAAUGUCGGGUUAUGGAGGUUUUGGUAAAUGACAAGUUCGGAUGGCAUAGACGCAUCAACGCACGAGCGUGUUCAGCCAACCUUGGUCUUUACAAGUUGGCCAACCUUCUCAGAGAGGAAUCUGAGACAGUUGAUCUACAUAUAUGGCUGGUGAGCCAGCACCUUCUCACGAAGAUCAGACGGAAGAAGUAUGUUACGAUACACGGCAGACUACAUCAAGCAUGGGAUGACUACGAAGAGGAGAAGCUGACAACCACUGAACUUCUGAGGAUCAUCAGCCACAUCAAUGCCCUGGGACCAUCCACAGCGGUCCACCACAUGCUCGACGACGACGAGUCUUGAACGAUGAACGACUGAUAUGGUUGAAAUGUAACAUUAAAUUGAACAGUGUCGUACAUGUAUCUCAUUUGUAUUAGAAAUGUAAUUAAAUUAAAUCAGCAUGCGGAAAAUCUGAAUGAUAAUAAUGUGUCGUAUUAAUAUUG